CAGUAUGAGGGGGAGAUGAAGGACGGCAGAAGGCACGGCAAGGGAACCAUCAGCUACCCGGAUGGCGCGGCAUACACAGGAGAGUGGUACAAAGGCUGUUGGGACAUGGGCAACAGGCAGGGCGAGGGACUUUGCACAUAUGCAGACGGCAACAUCUACGAGGGAGAAUGGAUGGGUAACCUACCCCAUGGUCGCGGGAAGUGCCGGUUUGCGGAGGGCAGCACUUACAGUGGAGAGUUCCAGGAGGGAAGAAUGCAUGGCUACGGGAUCUUGACGAGGAGCGACGGGACCAUCUCAUACGAGGGGCUGUGGAAGGAUGGCGAGAAG